GCUCUGAUUGGUUUUGCUGUAGUCCUUCUUGUAGGCUUCUCCCAAUGCUGUAGCUUUGGGUGCCUUGAGGAAAAGUGGCUGUUGGCAUUCAUGUUGAUGAUGGACAGUUGUCACAAUGUCGUCACUUUGCUUUUGUGGUCGUUAUUGUAGGGGUGGCCUGCAGUGUUCGUGGAAUAGAAGGCAAGCAAUGGCAAAGGCUUGUUGGUGGAAGCACAGUUUCCAAGGAAGCAUGUUGGGGCGAUCCCAUGGCAAAGCAUUGGGCAUUGGAUUGGGCAGCUAAGCAUCGGAACCUUGGGAAGCACCAAACGACAAUUCAGGGCAAUGCUGCCAACUCUCUGCGCUAGCUAGCUAGGGCAAUACCGAAGGAUUACUGAGCAGACCAACUGCGACCUGUGCUUCAUUCUUGUGUUUUUCUCUUCCUUCCUCCGGUGCCUCUUUCUUGCCAAGUGGCUGUACAAGUUCUCGCAAAAGACAAAUCAAGGCUAUCACUAAGAUGCUACGGUAUCUUGUAAGUCUCAGAUUGGCUCCAUCUGUAGUUGAUGUGCCAUGUGAUCUUGCGCAUGUGCAUAGUUGGGGCAUUCGGUUCCCUACCGUCACUACGGUAUCUAGCUAGCUACUAGAGCACAACAGCACUUCUGCGGACGUGUUUGGUAUCCCGCAAGAUCAAAGCACAUGUAUUAUUUUUGGCGAACCCUUGCUUUGCUGUUUGCUUCCUUUCCAAAAGACUCUUACGGUAGCUUUUUUAUUAAUAACGUUGUGAAACCACAUGCUAGCUAGCUAGAAGAAGUAUCACUCUCAAUGCGAAGGCGCCACUUGGCUGUUCCGAUUCGAUUCGAUUCGAUUCGAUUGUGGCUCUGCAAUAACUUGGCUCAGUCGGGCCUCGAGGCGUGGGCUCGACCAUGCAUGCAGCGCUUCAUUCGUCGUUCUCACAAUUCUAUUUCAUAGAUACAAACCAACAACGAAAACAACGAAAACACCUAUCCAUUCAAGCAACCAAAGAUGCGUAUUCUGAGUUUGUUCAAGCUGUGCUUCUUCCUGGGGAUAUUCGGCCUUACGAGCGCCAGAGUUUCAGCCAGGAACCGUCUUGAUGAAGCACAGCGCACCAUCCCACGUGGCCAAGCACAGCAUUCCUUGAGACGAACCCAAGCUUGCGAUCCUCAAGCCAUGGCAAAUGUGAUCUCUGCCCCUGGAUCUCGUCCUGGGGGUGCCGCUGGUGGACCGCAGGUGCCUUGCACCGAGCAAAAUGAGGAGUCCGCAAGCCCCGAGCAAAAUGAAGAGUCCGCAAGACAAGAUCAAGAUCCACCUCUUUGUGCCCCUGGCUUUUCCUGCUGGGAAAAUGAUUCUGGCCUUCUUUGGGCAAAGUACAACGGCGAGGCCAGUGGCAUGGACUGCAAUGAAGUGUGCUUCACUGCCUUUUCUGGGAACCCCAUGUUCCACACUUGCAAAGAGGGUGUUCCUGCACCAAGCACCAUCAAUGGUCUUACUGCAGUAAUGGAUGGUCUGGGCUUUGACUGCAGAGGCAACCCCAACAAGCCUAAUCCAUGUUGGGGAGGCAUGUCCCCACCUACUCUUGGCGGAACCAUCCUCAUUUCUGCAGGCGACCAAACAUCCAAGAACUGUUAUGUGCCCACUGAAAGCACACUUAGUUGUGGUCAGGUGGUGGAUGGGGCCAACUGUUAUGGAGAGCUGUUCUCUUCUGUUUGUCCUUGCAUGGAGGAGGAACUUUCCACAAUCACAGUAUCUAAGAAGUGGCGUUUGUACACUCAUGGCAACUACCCCAAGACCCAACAAGCCAACAAUGGAUGGCAGUGGGACCUUGACUCCAUCUUCUUCUACACUUCUUCCGACUGCACUGGAACCGCACUGAAUACAACAGACGGGACAACCAUUACAGACUCGGGCAAUGCUGGUGAGUUCUGGGGGCCCGAGAAGGCCUUUGGUCAAACUGGUGGAAAGUGGGGAGGCCGCUGGGACAAUAACGUGGACAAGAAUCUGUGGAUUGCGAUUGAGUUUCCCACUGCUGUGAAUGUGGGCUGCAUCCAGUUUGAUCAAUUUGACAAUUAUGCCACGUACAUCGCGGUGGAGGCAGUUGCAGCUGGCAGCACAACCUGGGAGAGAGUCAACUUUGUGACAGAUGGCCAGCAGAACAGGAACACCAUCCAAAUGUAGGAUGCCGUCGAUAGGUUUCACGCACCUGUUUUGGGGCACCCCGCUUGUUCACUAGUAGAUUGAGACGCAAUACAUAAAAUAGACAACCAAUGAGUGCGAAGUUGGCAAUGGCUAGCGGACAGAAUACCGGUA